AAAAUGCCAUAUCUUCAAGCACUAAUCCUACCUGUUGACGCUAACUACGAAAGUUUGGCUGGAGACGCUGUCAAUUUUCAUCAAAUAUGACUACAGAUGUAGCAUCUCAACCCGAGGAAGCGGAAGAACAAGAAGUUGAAGUUUUAUUGCCAAAUACAAAUAUUGUGACACACUGUGUUUUAAAAAAUGAUGUCGAACGUUUGAGAAAAUCGUUCGAGGAUGAUGAAGAUCCCUAUAAAGAAACUGUAUUAGAUCUGAUAAACAGAAGAUGUAGCGAUGGCAAAUCUCCUCUUGAUUUAGCGUCUACACUUGGUAGAAUAGAUCUUGCCAAGGAAUUGAUACUUAGAGGAGCUGAAGUUAAUUCUGUUAACAUAAAAGGUUAUACGGCAUUACACCAUGCAGCUGCCUGGGGGAAGGUCAGUCUCCUAAAGGUACUGGUAGAUGCACUAGCUGAUUUACAGCUGAAGACGGCCCAUGGAGAGAGGGCAAGAGAAACUGCACUAAGAUACAGUCAAACAGAGUGUGUGGACUUCUUGGACUGGGCAGAGGCCAAAUCAGAGCUACUUGAGGCUAUCAGAGGUCACCAAGAAUUUUUAACAGAUCCUGAGAAAAACCAGGGUCGACUUACAAAAGAGGACAAGAAUAUCAUUACAAAUUCUUGUAAAGAAAAAACUGAAUGGGUUGAGAACACUUCUGAUGCUACAACGCAGGACUUCAUUACUCAGAGACAGAACUUGGAUGAAACAAUCACCCCCAUCAUACAGAAACUUAAUGAGCCAAGUAAGGAUACCUUGUAUACACGUAUAAUGUGUUAUUUAAAAAAAAAUAAAAUAAAAAUCAGCAAUUAUUGAAUACUGGUAAUUAAAAGAAAAUAAAAAAAAAAACCCACCUUUUUAAUUGCAUUUCCUAGAAUACCGUACUGAAAUUUAAAAUGUUUUUUAAAAAAUUAUUUCCGUUCAAAUUAAUGUGAAAAUACUGUACAUGAACUUUAAUAUUUUAAAUACUUUUAACAGUAGAAACAGUGAGUAUAUGCCAUGAAAUUGUGUGCAUGUGUGUGUCCCCUUACUCCACCCACUGACCAGGAUUAGAAAACUCUCUCAUACUUGAUCACACAUUCCCACUGGCCUCGAUUAACACAUCCAAAUGUUUGCUGUGUUUUGAAGCAUGCUCUUAGUUUUACAGUUUUUAUGUGGCAAGUUUUGUCAUUGAUAGUUUGAUUAAACCAAGUUUCAAAUAACUUUUUUAAUAAAUGAUGCAUGCAACCACCAAUCUGAUCUGUUUAAACUGGCCUGGAUUUCUCGAAAUAUACUACGUUGAAAUUUGUACUUAAAUCUGAAAUUUACACUCAAAUUUUAACAGCUCAAAUAAAAGAGAAACUUAAGUUUGAGAUUUUUUCGAGAAAUCCAAGGCUGGUUCUCAGACAAUGACAGUUCUGGUUCUCAGUCUUGAUUACCCUUGAUCAGACAAUGACAGCUCAAAGGACUAAAUUUCCCCACUAAAAUUGACAGUCAUACUGUAUUUUCAAAUUUAAGUGUAUUUUGUACAAAAAUUUCUAUAUAUUUCGACUCUUAAUCUCAGUUUCAUCUCAUCAAAGUAAGAUUUGCACUUUGACAUCAUAAUUAACUUUACAUUUUGUCAUCGAUUUUGGUAUACAUCAUAUUUUAAUAUAAAAUGCCAUUGAAAGAUCAGUUAAGUGCAGGUUUGGACGAAUUUUAUGUAAACAUGCAACUUAUUGAUUCAUCUUUCCACUUCACAUAUACAAUUGGAUUGUUUGUCCAGUGCUGCACCCUGUUUCCUGAAGGCAAAAUGUGCACAAAAAUUUGGAUGUUUCAUCUGUGUAAAAUUAUUUCUCUAAAUGAAAUGCUCUGGACUCAAAAUGACCGUAAAUAUUAUAAACAAAUGAUGUGAUCUGUAGUGGAAAUUAUUUCUUUAAUGAAUCUCUUUUAUGAAAUAAAAGAAGAGCAAGAAUCUUUUUUUAAAGCUUUGAAAUUUUGACUUAUUUAGAGGUUCAGAGAGACUAGCUUUUAUUAUUAUAGUCUUUUUAUUUCCAAUACUUCAACAACAAAAAAUAUAAUAAAAAAAAUGCAGAUAUUUCAAUAGACUAGUUUUACAUAAUGUUCAAUAAUUCCAUCAUUCAUAAUGAGAGAAGAUUAGUAAAAUAUUGAGUAAUAUUAAACAUAACUGAAUCAAAAUACAGAAUUGAACUCUUACAUGUUCAAUGUCCACUAUUUUUCAGCCCCAGAAAAACCAGAGAAAAAAGUAAAUAAGGAGUAAGGAGAGAUGUCCCAGGACAGAGUGUGCUUGGCCAAGCUGUACUGACCGCGUACUAUACUGACUGUGUACCAUGCUGGCGAUGUACUGUAUUGACUUUGUACUGACCAAUUAUUAUCAACUGUGAUAAAAAUAAAUGUACUUAUAUUCAUAAUAAAUUUUUAAACUGAU